UGUGCCUGGUGCGAUCGGUAUCAAGUAUUCGAAAUCACACCCAAAUCAAGAAUGCAGUUUCAACAGAUUAUGGAUUUGGCCAAGGAAUUAUUGGACGACUUUGAUUUCUGGAAGACCGGUCCCGUCGGCAAACCCAGUCAAGUGAUGGUGCCUCCCUUGCACGUGGACAAGCUCAAGGAAGCUUUGGAAGAGUUGCAGAUUGAGUUUGAGAUAUACAUUGACAACGUUCAAGCCCUCAUUGACGAAGAGACGAAAGUUAUCAUCUCACGUGAGAAGGCCACAUCCUUGGCAAGCUUCGAUUACAAUGUAUACCACAGCGCGCAAGAGUCAAGGAAAUCUAUAUCGGUGAAUUCCGUUGAGGGACGUCCCAUCAAGGCACUGAAGAUUUCUACAGGGAGCGGUCGGCUCGGUGCUUACACCCAAGGGGGCAUACAUGCUAGAGAAUGGAUCUCGCCUGCCACUGUCAUCAACCUUGCCCAAAAGUUCGUUGCAGCCUUCAAGAGUGGGGACAGCGUAGCCACCCAGUUUUUCAACAAGUUCGACUGGUACGUUCUCCCUCUACUCAACGUUGAUGGUUACCACUACACUCGCCCAGAGUCGUCAUCCAACAACCGUUUGUGGCGCAAGAAUCGUCAAUCAGUUUCUUUCUUCUGUAAAGGAAUCGACAUGAACAGAAAUUAUGGCUACAAAUGGGGUGGUGAAGGUACAUCUGGUAGUCCUUGCAGUGAUAUUUACAGAGGUGAUUACGCAUACGAAGCUCAAGAACUCCAGUUGGUCACGAACUGGCUACUCAACCUGAAGAAAAGUCAGACCUUUAUGAUCCACGUGGAUGUCCACAGCUACGGCCAGUACUGGGUCUAUCCGUAUAGUUACACUUCCGGUGUCAAGACCAGUGAUGACACUGAGUUGGAGAGAGUGGCCAAGGCGGCAACGGGGAAACUGGCAGCAGUGCAUGGCACACAAUACACAGUAAUACAGUCUGGAAGAUGGUGUAAGUACUUUUGAGAAGUAUCAAUAAACAGCACCUUGAUUUAAAAUUUUCUCCUCGAAAGUGGGC